AAGCGGCCAAUGGUCAGUGGGAUCUGACGUCACCUCCACACACACACACCACAAGUGGAGCUGGGUGACGAAACGCCUGUUAAUUCCACGCGAAAAGUGUCCGAUAACAAACGUGUCCGUGCUGCAGCCACGACGGCGUUCGCAGUAUGAAAAUCCACCGUGUGUUUCCUCUCCUUUUCACUGCCACAUGUAACGCACGUGUCGUCCGGUUCCAGGAACUGCGCCGUCGUUAACCCUUUACGCGCUGCACAAAACUCGCCUUUCAGAACGUUUCCACGGGAUUAAAACGACGCAUCGUUUCUCCUGAGCUGCUUGGCGAGUUUGUUUCAGUUAGAAUACAUCCGAGAUAAAAACGAACACGUGAAUGCACAAUGCGUGUUUAGUGUUUAGGUCGGAGUGCAGUGUACACGGCACGGAUGUGCGAGUCCCAGUGAUCCAGGCCGGGUCUUGUGUGUCACUCGUCUCCCAUGUUGUGACUACCAGCAGCAGCAGCAGAGCGAGGCGCUGCCCUGAAGCUCAGCCAUUUCAGCAAGUUCCUGUUCAACUUCUUGCACUUAUAUAUUUAAUAUAUUAUAUAAAUAAAUAAAUAGAUAUAUAUAUAUAUAUAUAGAGAGAGAGAGCGAGAGAAGUAUGACUGAUUACGCGGAUGACACCGGAGCUCGAGCGCUGCUUGCUCUGAAGUCCGCCCCAUGCAGCCCGGUGCGCGGUGCGAGUCCUGUGCCGCCGCAGACACACGCGCUCUCGCCCCCGGCGCAGGCCCUCGCUCGUCUCCACGGCCGCGACUUCGAGUUCGUUAUGCGCCAGCGCUCCGUCACGGUGGGUCGCAACUCGUCGCACGGCUCCGUGGACGUCAACAUGGGCCACUCGAGCUUCAUCUCGCGGCGCCACCUGCAGAUCACCUUCGAAGAGCCCGACUUCUAUCUGCGCUGCCUCGGGAAGAACGGCGUAUUCGUGGACGGCGUGUUCCAAAGGAGAGGCGCGUCACCGAUCCAGUUACCCAGAGAGUGCACGUUUCGUUUCCCCAGCACUGUGAUAAAGAUUCAGUUUACGGCAUUGUACCACAAAGUGGCGCUGAAGGAGGAGGCGCCCCUGUCCCCAGUGAGACCUUUGUACCCGCAGAUCUCGCCUCUGAAAAUCACCAUUCCUGAAAAUGACUUCAGAAGCAUGAUGAGUCCCCUACCUUCACCCACAGGAACCAUCAGUGUGCCUAACUCGUGUCCGGUGAGUCCUCGGGGCGCGGGAUCCUCUGGCUACCGCUAUGGACGCAACAUAACCUCUGACCUGCAGUUGGCAGCUGAGUAUGCGGCCAAAGCUGUAUCAGAGCAUCGCACAGAGGUGUCUGACCGAGACAGCCCCAAGGAUGAGUCCAAGCCCCCAUACUCGUACGCACAGCUGAUUGUUCAGGCCAUAUCGUCAGCUCCAGAGCGACAGCUGACGCUAAGCGGCAUUUACGCUCACAUCACCAAGCAUUACCCCUACUACAGGACUGCAGAUAAGGGCUGGCAGAACUCCAUCCGGCACAACCUGUCACUGAACCGCUACUUCAUCAAAGUGCCACGCUCUCAGGAGGAGCCGGGAAAGGGCUCGUUCUGGCGCGUCGACCCCUCGUCAGAGGCCAAGCUGGUGGAGCAGUCCUUCCGCAAACGCCGUCAGAGAGGCGUGUCCUGCUUCCGGACACCCUUUGGCCCUCUGUCGUCAAGGAGUGCCCCAGCCUCACCCACUCACUCAGGCCUGCUGUCUCCUCACUCGAGCGGCCUGCAGACCCCCGAGUGUCUGUCUCGAGAGGGUUCGCCUGUUUCCCACGAGCACGAGUUUAGCAGCAAGCUGGCAUCGGUGCCCGAGUUCAGAUACUCUCAGAGCGCUCCAGGCUCUCCGGUGAGCACACAGCCUGUGAUCGUGGCCGUGCCUCCUCAGUCCUCGGUGGCGGUGGCAAAGCCCAUGACCUACAUGUCCGCGUCCAUCCUCUCUUCCCAGCAAGCCUCGGGUCAGGCCGUGCACGUUCUCCAGCAAGCUCCAGCCGUCACCAUGGUGCGCGUUCUCAACACCGCCUCCAGCUCCGCCAACGGAUACGUCCUGGCCAACAUUGGCUCCGGGGAAAGUUCCGGAGAACACAGAGGUGCUGUGGACGAGAUGGUAGCCCCAUCCAUCCCCGCAGGCAGUCGAGUCAUUCAGUCUGUGGGGAGCCACCUGAGUUCAGCCUCUAGAGGGCAGCAAAGUUACGCUCUUCUGCAGGCAGCUUCCAUACCUUUGGGGCAGCACCAGCUCCCGGUGCAGACCAUCACCCAGAACGGAAAACACGCCCUCCCCACUGCCACCAUCUCACCCAACACUUACGCUUUCACCAACCCUCUUCAGCUCCUGGCAGCGCAGGCCUCCACCUCACCCCCGGUGCUAGUCAACAGACCCUCCAGCGUGGAGAUGGAGCAAGCGGGGCCGCAGGAGCCCGAGGCCAAACGGCCCAAGAAGGAUGAUGACGGCAUGAUGUCGGUCCCUCAGCCUGUCAUCGUGGCGAUGACCCCAGAGAGCAGUAACUGAGAGAGAGAGAGAGAGAGUAUAGUGUUAGCACAACAUGCCAUUUGUUAUUGAGGGGAAAUUGAGGGGUUUUUUUUUCCUUUUUUUUUAAUAAUAAGAUCUUCAUUGAUCGAGAGAACAGGCUCUGAGCGAGUGUGCGUAUAAGAGCAGGUAGGAGUUAAACACAUUAUCCUUUAAGCCUUAAAAAGAAAAACCACACAAAUGCUGAGACGGCUUUAAUUCAGUGCGCUUCUUAAAGAGGAUGCGAACUGUCCCUUAAAGCUAUUAGAGAUGUAAAUGCACACGUGAGGCAUCGUGCUGACGUCUCGUUCCUCACAAGGUACAGUCUAAAGCAGUACUCAGUCCAAGACGGGGCGGGACCAAUAAUAAAAUAAUAACUAAGCAGCUACUUCUCUACGGGGGCAACGUCCUCUCUCUCAGAAACGAGUAUUACGCAUUACACUCGUCGGCUUUCUUUCUUCUCCAGCGGAAGCUCAGAUUUAUUUUGGAGUCAGCGCUGUAAUCACCGGGUACAAACACCUCCUGUUAGAAUCGUAUUGAAAGCGGAAAUUUUUUCACACACCAAAAUAAAAACGUACAUCCAUUUCAAGGACUUUCUUUUUUUCUUUUUUUCUUUUUUUUUAUUCUUUCAAGCCUUGAAGUCUUUAACAUGCUAUAAAGUAUUUUUCUAUGGUGGGAUAUCAGCUUGCGUAUUUAGACGGAAGUUGUGAAGAGAAACGUCUAACACGUGUCUGCAAACUCUAUGAAUGUAUGUAGCUUCUGUUCCUUUUGUCAUUGUUCACGGCUCUCGACUAAACACACCAGGAAGUAUGAAUGGAAUUUCCUUAGUGUUUAAUGUUUUUAAAAAAGAAGAAAAAAAAGGAACCUUAAGGCGUGCACACACGCGCACACACACACACACACACACACACACACACACACAAACACACACACAGCCGGCCAUUCUCUGUACGUUUUUCUACAUCAAAUGUUUGGCUAAGAUUGACGUUAUCUAAUACGAUAUGUAUUAUUUCAUAAUAAUAAUAAUUCAUACACACACACACACACACACGUUGUUAACUUUGGAUUAUUUCAGUAGACCGAUCAGCUACUGACAACCAAAAACGUUUUCCUUAUAUCUAUUUCUAAAGACCCAGGAAUGUAAUAAUGUAUUGACUAAUAUGAAUUAUUCAGAGACUUCUCCAUUUAUCCGCCUUCCUCUAACUUUAGGACGAUGCCGAGAGGCACCUAAUGAAUGUUUUUUUUUAAAAGCAAACGUUCUCAUCAUUUUAUUCACGGUAAUCAUUUUAUUUUUUCUCAGACUUGUUCAUUUUUACUACUCGAGUACAAAUGCAGUGUUCGACAAUCACUAACCUAACAAGGUGGUGUCAGUUUCCACUUUAUAAAAGGAUAUAAAGGAGCACCAACAACAGCAAGUCGCAAUAUUUAACCUGAGAAAACACUCAAAAAGACCAAAUGCUUAUUAUUAUUAUUAUUAUUAUUAUUAUUAUUAUUAUUAUUAUCAUUAGUGCCUUGAGCUCUGUAGCAAAGAUACUGCUUCAAACUCUACUACCUGCUGCUUGGAAGUUAAAACACUGAAGCUUUUUCACUCUUCAGGGUUGGAACGAUACGAGAACACUGUCCCAUCUGUCAACGUGAACGAGUUUAGUUAAUGCGCAGCGAUCAAAAGAACCCGAAAAACUUCUUCUUUUCUGACAGCACGUAUCGUACUGAAAUGAUCGAUUUUUAUCGAGAAAUCACUAGAAGUUUUCUCCACACGUGCGUAACAUAUAACUGGGAAUUGGGGCGGGGGGGGGGGGGGUGUUUCAGGAAGCUUUUUCCCUUUGUCUUUUGUCCUUUUUUUUCUUUUUUUAAAGGUAUCUGUGUAAUUAAUAAAUGCAUUUCCCCCCUCUCUUUUACUUAUAAUGUCUUCUUUAGUGUUUCUCACUUUCUGUAAAUCUACCCAAGUAAAAAAAGAACAAAAAAAAACACACCCGUCUCUGAAUCUUCGAGCAUUAAGAGCCUUCAGGCUUUUAAACUUCUCAGUAAUGAUUAAGCACUUGGUUAAGGUUUAGAGGUUUUUUUUUCCUUAAACCCACUGAUGGAUGAAACUUUUUUUUUUUUUUUUUUUUCCCCCCCGAGCCUCUAUCGGUGAAUCUCUCUAAAGUAUUUUCGUCUGCUGAUCCUGAUGUAUUUGAUUUGUGUGCUUUGGAUGUUUUAUGCAUAUUAGCUUAUGCAAGUGUUUAUACACUAAACAUUUCUAAUUUAAGAAUUAAGUCUAAUAAACUGAUGCACGAUUUCUUUUCACUUCUCAUUAGGUAGGACUUUCCUUUACUGAACCGCGUUAGUCUACGUCCGACAGCAAUGCCGUCGUUAUUCUAACCGUCCUGUCGUCCGUACAUGUUCCGUAGUAUUUAUCUGAUCUUUUCACUCAGAAAUAAAGAGUAGAUGUCGCGUCGUUUUGUUCCUUCUGAAUUGUACAGCAGCUGUAACAGGGCUACGACAGUGUCAUGAUUAGCUUUCUUACCGAGUUUACUAACAGAGCGUGUUAUGAACUGUUUUAUAUUUUAGUCACUGUGUUCAUAUAGGGCUGUUUGUUCAAAGCUUUUGUCUCAGCAGACUUUCACCAAACUCUGCACUGUAUAUUCUUAUAAAAUCACUGAGAAUUCUUGUUUAAACUGAAAAAAGAAAAAAAAAAGCUAUAGAUAACGGAUAUAAUUUCUGAAAGGAACUAUUUUUUAUAUCCCUACCAAUAUAUCAAUUUCUUUCGAAACUUUUCACUCAUGCAAAAAAAAAAAACUACUUAUAUACCUGGUAUAUCGUUCUGUCUUUUUUUCUUUUUUUUUUUUCUUCUCUUCAUUUUCUUUUCAGAUUCAAUCUGAUUACAUGCAAAAAGUUUUAACGUAAUAAGGCAUUUCUCUAUGCACAUGUGCAGCUCUUGUCUGUUUUCUUUACUGCCUUGUGGAAAGCUCUAGGAAAUGUUGAAAUGUGACCACAGCCUAUUAAAAGGUUUGAGAUGUCUAAGGCA